UUUUGUGCCACGUUUCGUUGCACAUCUUUAUUGUAUAUUUUAAUUAUUAUUUUAUUAUAUAUUGUAUACAUUUAUAGUUUUGUCGAAGUAAUAUCUCAAACUGAUUUUGACGUUCUAUAAAUGGAUAAGAUAUUGUGUAUUUUAUUGCUGGUUCUCGUUAUUUUUGAUGAAAUCCCUCCGGGAAAUUCACUGGCCUUUACGCUUCCAUCUGGUACAACUAAGUGCCUGAAAGAAGAAUUACACAAAGAUGUUCUAGUAACUGGGUCUUAUCAACUAUCUGAAGCUAAUCAAAAAACGCAUUUGACGGUAACAGAUUCAAAAGGCCAUGUGCUGUUUAAGAAAGAUGAUGCAACCAAAGGAAAAUUUGCAUUUACAACAGAAGACUAUGAAAUGUAUAAAAUAUGCUUCCAAAGUGAAGGUAAUGCAGGGACUGGGAUGGAUAGAGAGGUAACUCUGGUGUUGAAACAUGGUGCAGAGGCAAAAGAUUAUGAGAAGAUGGCAACUGCUGAGAAAAUGAAACCUUUGGAAGUAGAGUUGAAACGUCUUGAAGAUCUUGCCGAAGACAUUGUAAAUGAUUUUGCAUACAUGAGGCAGCGUGAACAAGAAAUGAGGGACACCAAUGAGUCCACACAUUCCAGAGUUCUUUACUUCAGUGUAUUUUCAAUGCUCUGUUUACUGGGAUUGGCAACGUGGCAGGUGUUUUAUUUGCGUCGAUUCUUUAUCUCCAAGAAGUUGAUUGAGUAAACAUAUUUUGUAAUUGCAAAAGUCAUAUACAUUUGCAUUGUAUAAUGUUGUGAUGUUUGUCAUCUCCUCAGCAAGAUCAUUGCUUGAGAUGAUAUAAUUGAAAAUCAUUCUGUUUAUUUUACUAUGAAAUAAUAUGGUCACGUUGUUGUUUAACUGAACAGCUAUCUACCUUUAAGUAGACAUGUCUAUAAUUUUGCAUGAAGCUAAAUUUUACAAUCAUGUGUUAUGGAGAUAAGGUCCCACAUUUUAGAACUAUAGUAAUGAGCUUUUUUAAUCUUGUGUGGGAAGAUUGGUAUUUGUUGAAUUGCUUGCUUUAAAUUUUGGCAUAACUUAGCAUUCAAAUUAUAUUCAAUUCAUUGUUCUACUGUUAAGUACAGUGUCAAAACAAACAGAUUGCAAACCCAGUAAACUUUAACAUUAAAUAAAUUAGUUGUGAAAUCA